AUGUUACAUCUCAUACAGGCACAGUUACCAACUUACACUAAUGUUCUCAAUAGUACCGAUAGUGGUGAAGAUUCACUAAUUAGGCGUUGUGAUGUAGAAGAUCACAUGCAACAUUAUCAGCAACAGUUAUCGGAAAUUAAUAAAGCUCAUGUUGAUACAAUGUUGGGUCUGAGUAAUCAAAUUAACAUGUUAAGUGCAAAAGUCGACUGUGCAUCAUCAAAGGCAGAACAAAUGAACCUUUUAGUUAGCAAAGUUGUAAUUCCAUGUGUAAUUACAUUAGCUGAUUCGUUAGUUAAAUUGGACGAAAAAAUAUCUUGUACGGAAGUUCAUAAAUUUAAUUUGACCAAGUUAGAACACAGAAAUAUUAACACGGAAGGAUAA